UCUUUUGUUUUUUACUUGUCUUUCCAGCCCGGUAAAACACUGAGUCCAAGAAAAUGGCAUGCUGCUUUUACUGAAGAAGGAUAUCUGGAUAUAGGAAAGAUUCUAAGGCGAAUCUACAGAGGGGGAAUCCAUCCAUCAAUUAGGGGAGAAGUUUGGGAAUUUCUACUUGGUUGUUAUGAUCCAAAGAGUACAUUUGAUGAACGAGAACAAAUAAGACAGCGUCGAAGGUUAGAAUAUGCUAGAUGGAAGGAAGAAUGUCGCCAAAUGUUUCCUUUUGUUGGAAGUGGUAGAUAUAUUUCAUCUCCUGUAAUUACCGAUGAUGGUCAACCGAUUCAAGAUCCAUCAGUUCUGCUGGAAUCAAAUCCAGACAAGGGAUUGGUUUUAGUUCCUCAAGACAAUUAUAGGUCUUCAAGCAUAGAUGCCAGAAAUAAUUUAGAAAAGGUGACAGACAAGAGAGUAAUCCAGUGGCUGUUAACUCUUCAUCAAAUAGGUCUUGACGUGAUUCGCACUGAUAGGACAUUGGUCUUUUACGAGAAGCAAGAGAACUUGUCAAAAUUAUGGGAUAUUCUUGCAGUUUAUGCUUGGCUAGAUAAAGAUGUUGGCUAUGGUCAAGGGAUGAGUGACCUAUGCUCACCUAUGAUAAUUCUUCUUGAGGAUGAAGCAGAUGCAUUUUGGUGCUUUGAGCGUCUAAUGCGCAGACUUCGAGGUAAUUUCAAGUGCACUGAUCGUUCUGUUGGAGUGGAGACUCAACUAAGUAACUUGGCUUCAAUUACUCAAGUAUUAGAUCCAAAACUUCAUAAACAUUUAGAGCAACUAGGUGGAGGUGAUUAUCUGUUUGCUUUUCGGAUGCUAAUGGUUCAGUUUCGUCGAGAAUUCUCCUUUUGUGAUUCACUAUACCUUUGGGAGAUGAUGUGGGCUCUAGAGUAUGAUCCUGAUUUGUUUUGGAUGUACGAGGAUGCUCGGAGAGCUCCUACAAGCGCCGAGAGCUCUAGAGGGAAGGUGAAGUCAAUUAGACAAUGUGGAAAGUAUGAGCGAGAAAAUAUGAGAACAGGGGCAAAGAACUCCGAAACUCCUCUUCCUAUAUCAAUUUUCCUUGCUGCUAGUGUGUUGAAAGAUAAAAGUUCAAAGCUACUACAUGAAGCACGGGGUCUGGAUGAUGUUGUCAAGAUUUUGAAUGACAUGACUGGAAAUCUAGAUGCUAAAAAGGCUUGUUCCGGGGCUAUGAAACUUCAUAAAAAAUAUUUGAGAAAGGCCAAGAAAACGUAAGACUGAAUAUAUCCAAUGAUUUUUUUUUCACUGAUCAAGCGAGGUGUUGCUUCCUGCAAUGUAACUUGUUAUUCAUGGAGACAAUAAUGGAGUCCACCAAAUUUGGACUGGAGUUACAAGAUUAAAAAGAAGGAUCCAAGUAUACAUCCAUCAAAACUCUUGAGGGAUAAUUGUUGUAUUGUGACAUAAUUUCAUUUUUUGAAAAUAUUCUUGUGUAAAAGAACAAGAUUGUAUGUGGGACUGAGAUUGUAAUUUGUACUGUGCAAUAUAUUUGUUGCAAAAAGAAAGAAAAGCAAUAAAAAAUUCAAAAAUACAGGAAAUAGUUAUCUGUGUUAGCCUUCAA